UAAAAUGUAAACAUGGCGGCCGGUUCAAAUUUCAACUUGCUGCCUCAGGAAAUUUCUACCGAUUAUUUUGGCGAUGCCAACGUUUUAACCAAGCGUGCAAAAGAGAGGGGGUAUAAUUUUUUCGUUAAUGGUUACGUUCAUGCGCUCAAAGUGAACAGUUCCAGUAAAAAUAUUGUCGAUAUCAGUGCUAAAUGCUAUCGUUCUAUGAGGAAAAGCGAGCAACCUCAUCGAAUUGACAUGACGAUUCAUACCCAGGAGAGAAGAAUCACGGACAGUCAUUGUUCAUGUAAAGCUGGAAUAACUGGGCUAUGUUCUCAUGCUGUUAGCGUCGUCUACACAGUUGGCCACUAUAAACGUUUGGGACUGAAAGAUAUCCCUUCACAUCUGGCUUGUACCAGUUUGCCUCAACAGUGGCACAAACCGCGGGGCCCAAAGAUCAAUGCCGAGCCCGUAGCUGCAAUAGUUUUCGCUAAACCAAGGCCAACACCUCGCCGAAAAAGGCCAGUGUGUUGUUCUACACCAACACUUAGGAUCCCAGAAUUGAAGGAAGAUGACAUAAAGAAGUUGAAAGUAGACAAGUCCACACCACUAUCAUAUUUACUGCAAGAUGAACUGCACACAGAAAAAACAGAGUAUGGAAUUGUGCAGAAGGGCUCAAUGUUACCUUUACAGCUGCCUGAUUCUUGCAACCAUGGAGAACACAUCCAACUCAGAAUAGACUGA